AUGUCUAACGGUGCUGUACCAAAAAUUCGAUCCCUACAAUCUACUCCAGGAAGUGGGAUGCUGUGUGCCACAACAUCGAACAAGUCAAAUAGUGAUUUAUUUGAAUUACGGCCUAAGCCUAAAUUGCUAUGUAUUCCCGAAGAUUGUCAAAAGGUGUUGCAUGAUUUAAGAAAAACUCAAUCUUUGAACGUGCCGAAGAAAAUACAACAUGCCGAAAAAUCAUGGUCUGUGAUUUUUGAGGCACAGACACAGCCGAGAGAUAAACGCAUGGUAGUGUGA